CUUGAGAAUGAAUGAUGGAUAGACAAGAGAUAAAUAAACUAGGUUUAAGCGGGCCGGGGCAACCCGCUAGGUAUGUGCCGCACAAACAAAGAGGACAUCGCAUCCAUUUCAAAUUUGAAGAACAACAAACAGAUUAUCUUCAUUUCCCCCAAAUCAAAAAAAAAAGAAAAAAAGAAGCAGAUUACUCCAUUUUCAACCAUGGAGAAUGCGGUUCAAGAGAUAGUGGCGAAGCAAGUGUUGACAGUUGCAAAAGCGGUGGAGGACAAGCUUGAUGAAGAGAUUCACGCCUUAGAUCGGUUAGAUCUUGAUGAUUUGGAGGUAUUGAGAGAACGUAGAUUGCAACAGAUGAAGAAAAUGGCUGAAAAACGGAAUCGUUGGAUUUCUCUCGGACAUGGAGAAUACUCCGAGAUCCACGCUGAAAAGGACUUUUUCUCUGUUGUUAAAGCUAGUGAUCGCGUUGUUUGCCAUUUCUACCGCGAUAAUUGGCCUUGCAAGGUGAUGGACAAGCAUUUGAGCAUACUGGCAAAACAGCAUAUAGAGACACGUUUUGUGAAAAUUAAUGCAGAGAAAAGCCCCUACUUGGCUGAGAAGCUCAGAAUUAUUGUUCUUCCAACCCUUGCCCUCAUCAAAAAUGCUAAAGUUGAUAACUACCUGGUUGGAUUUGAUGAACUAGGGGGCACCGAUGAGUUUAGCACCGAGGAACUUGAAGAGAGGUUAGCUAAAGCUGACGUUAUCGUUUUUGAGGGUGAAUCAUCAAGAAUUUUAUCAAAAUCCAAAGCUCAGUCCAAGAAGAGUGUCAGGCAGAGUACAAAUCCUGAUUCGUCCGACUCAGAGUAAUAACUUGUUUAUGUAUUCCUUUCCAAUACUAAAAAUAUAUUACGCCUAUCCCGAAGAAUUGAAAUAGCUUGUUUCGAUUGGGGAAUUUUGCUGUAAGCUAUUAUUGCUUUCGUUAUAUCUAAUGGAACGAACAUGUACUACUAUUGAUGCCUACUUUUGUUGUUGUUUUUGCGUUAGUAGUGUAUAAUUUUGGGGGGCUGAUAAUACAUUUUAUAUGUUCCUUGUUAAAUUGGUGAUGCAUUCUUGCUCAUACAAAUUUUCUCUUCAAAUAAC